GACAGAGAAGAUAAGCAAAAUGUGUUACUCGUGAUCACGGAUGGGAGGCCUUUUCCACCAGAAACGUUCCUUCUUUUCAACAACUCUUUACCUUUUUUAAGGGUAAGAGAUGUGAUUUUUGUUCUCCAAAGAAACCAACCAACCAACCAACCAACUAACCAGCCACAUCACGUGAACACACUUACCUAAAAAUAUGUAAAUAGCCCACUUGCACUAAGAGAGCACGUGACCAGUGCUUCCUUUAAACAAUGAGUUGGAAUCUUGCUGAUGCCAAAAAUUGACAGAGCACUUAAAAUGUAUCUUACACCCGAAAUUUGAGACGAUACGCACUUUAGGCAGAAAUUUUAUGACGGUUUGAUUUUUCAACAAAAUAUUAUGAUUUGUAUGGGCCGCCAUGUUGGAGGUCAUACUCUUGCCUUCCAACAUGGCAGCCAAAACCAAUUUUUGCUUAUAUCCUGUUAAACGUUUGAUAGUUACGAUCAGAUGUGUUGUAAACGUUGGCACAUCAUCUUUUCAACAUUUUCCUUGAAGUUUAAGUACAAAAUUUGUGUUCAGAAAGAGGCAAUUCAUAAUUUUACAAUUUUGGUCACGUGACCAGCUACGAUCUUACUCAUUUUAAGAAAAUGAUGCAGGUUUGAAAAACCAAAUCACUAUUAUUUUGUCUAAGAUAUGACCCAUUAAUCGUUUUUCGAAAGCAAAAUCAUGUAACUUUUAUUUUCAUAAACACAAUGUCACAUGACCUCUUAGGGCAAAUGGCCUAUUACAAUAUCUCUAUUUAAAAAAGUUUUUAGAUUUGUUAGAGGAACUAAAAUGGCUAGGCACUUUUUAUGACUGUCAAAAAGUGCAAAAAAAACUUCUGGUUUAGCAAUGUAUGUGAAAUUUGUGAUUAGAAGGUAUACCAAAGGGAUACACCCAAUUGCAAAAACGUUUUCAUAGAAAAAUGAAAAAAAGGAAAACGCCAAAUAGGAAUUAAUUCAGCUAAUUUAGCCACGUUAUCAUGGUGGAUUCAUUUGCAGCCGUUACAUUUCCCCGCUGGAAUUUUCAGCUUUAUUGUCUUUCAGCUUUAAAACAAUAGCAAAUUCCAACCGGCAAUUACGACGUCAAGGUGUAGAUGCUGCAAAUGUAUUCAUUAGGCUUAUUAGCCUAUUUAAUUCUUAUUUGGCUUUUUUUUUCAUUUUUCUAAGAUAACGUUAUUGCAAUUACAGUCGACUCCCGAUAACUCGAACCUUCAAGGGAAAUCGAAAAAAAGGUUCGAGUUAUUGGGAGUUCGAGUUACCGGGAGUUCGAAGAAAAUAGCUGAGAGUAAGGUAAAGUUUUCACUGCACAGUGAUGAUUUUAAUCUCAUUUACUUGUAGAAAUGUCAAGUGAAAAUCAAAAGAUAAAUCAGAACGUAACGUAACAAAACAUAGCCUAAAUAGAGCAUGCAUAAAUCGAUUUUGGUUCGAGUUAGCGCGAGGUUCGAGUUAGCGAGGGUUCGAGUUAUCGGGAGUCAACUGUAGGUGUAUGUCAAGAGAAAAGGGGUAGAUUUUAGGGCGUAGCCUGGAAGUAUCAAACUGUGUUGAGUGCCUCCCCCGGCCCAGGUGAGAAGCAUACCUCUUUUCUGUGAUUAUGUAGAGUGAAUAGUUAAAAUUAAAGGCACCACUUCUAAUAACCAGUGUUUUUUUUUCGCAGGCCGACAACGUUAGUAUUAUUGCUGUCGGUUACGGAAUAGAACCUCAGAUUAAUACAACAGUGCUUAGGGAAAUAGGAGGAGACAAUGUAUUGAUCAUGAUUGAAGACAAAACCUUAGGAUAUACACCCUUUGUCGAUCCAAUAAAGAAAAUGGUUUGCAGUAAGUCAAUAUUUCCUCAAGUCAGUUGCCUUCCUUAUAAUUGAUUUUACUUCUAGUUCACGGUUAUGAUUAUUAUAGUUAUUAUGAUUAUGAUUAAGAUUAUUAAUUUAUCACCAUCAUCGUUAUCAUCAUCAUCAUCAUCACUCUAUCAUUAUAUUAUAUCGUCAUUGUUAUUAUUGCAAUUAGAAAUUAGAGUCCUGCAUGCCUUUGUUAAACUUUGUCGGUGUGAUUUUCAAGUUAUAAUCCCUGGUAGGCGGGGUAAGGACAAGCUUUGAGUUCAGAAUCAGCUUGAGGCGUCUAUUCUUAUUAUUAAUAUUUCUGUUAUUAUUAUUAUUAUUAUUAUUAUCAUUAUUAUUAUUAUUAUUUUACUUCUUACUAUAGGCGACCUGCCCCCUAGUAAUCCGCCGUGGAGUCCGUGUAGUGUUACUUGUGGCUCUGGAACACAGUCACGCUAUAGACCCUGCAUAA